AUGCCAGCAGUUGAACUUGAUGAGGAGCAUGAUACAUUGGAAGCAUUGUUAGGUGAUGAAGAACUUGAUGUAUUGCCUGAAAGUACCAACCUGAGGUACCAUUAUAUUCAUGACUUGCCUGUUGAAGAUGAUUAUCACAGUGGAAACUCAUCAAGCUCUGAGGAUGAUGAAGAAGGAGGUGAAACUGAUACUGACUUGGAUGAGGAAGAACCUGACAGAUAUGAAGAAGGUAAAAUUGUUCAUAAGAAGUAUGAUGAUCUGUAUGAUGAUGUAGAAGGGGAGGAAGUGGAAGCAUGGACUUGUGACACUGGUGAAGAAGAACUUGAAGAAGGUAUGACAUGGCCCACUAUGGAUGAGUACAAGAUAUGGUUGACAAAGUUUUGUAUUGCAAAUUGUAUUGAAGUGAGGAAGAUAAAGGAUGACCCAAAGAGAUUGAGGUGCCAAUGUAAAGUUACUACUUGCCCAUUCAGGCGUUUUGCUCACAAGAAAUCAGUAAAAGAUGGGAACUCUAUCAAAGUUACCAAGUAUAUUAAUAAACACACUUGUGUUAACAGAUCUGGUAAAGGAAAGGCAUUGAGCAAGAUCUUUGGGUCAUAUGAAGAUGUAUAUAAGUGGUUACCAGAGGUUUUAGAGCAGAUCAAGGCUAAGAAUAGAGGAUCCAUUGGUGUAGUUGCAACUGAUAUGGAUAAGGAUUUCAGUUACUGCUGUCUGGCUUUUAAUUCUUAUUUAGAAGAUUUCAAGAAUGGAUGCAGACCAUUCAUAGGUCUAGAUGGAUGUCACCUGAGUGGAAAAUAUGGAGGAGUAAUGCUGUCUGCAGUUGCACUAGAUGGGAAUAAUGGUAUGUAUCCUCUUGAAAUGUUCUUUUGUGAUUGUGAAAACAAAGAGAACUGGUUAUUGUUUCUCAACCUUAUUAAGGAUAGGAUAUUAGAGCAUCCAGCACCAUUGACAUUCAUCUCAGAUAGACAAAAGGGAUUGAUUCCUGCUCUUGAAAUAGUAUUUCCUUCAAAUAUGACCAGAUUUUGUUUCAGACACAUGUAUGAGAAUUUUAAGACUAAACAUAAGAGUGUUCACAUGAAGAAUUUAGCAUGGGGUGCAUCAAAGGCCUAUAGAGACACAAACCACAAGAGGUACAUGGCUCUUAUGGAGAAAGAUAACAAGAAUGCACACAAGUGGUUUGAAGAUGUUUCAGCAAUCCAAUGGGCUAGAUCCACUUUUGACCAUACUUCAAAAUGUGAGCAUGUGACCAAUAACUUCUCAGAAAGUUUCAACAGUUGGUCAUUGGAUGUGAGAUGCAAACCUAUUCAAAGGAUUCUUGAAGGGUUGAACUUGAAGAUGAUGAGUUUGAUGUUUGAUAGAAAGAUGAUAGCCAAGAAAUGGGAAGAAGAAGGUUUAAUAUUGGUUCCCAGAGCUGAUAGGAUUAUGAAGAAAAGAAUUUCAUUGUGUUAUGCACUACCAAACAUCAAAAAGAUGAGAAGUUAA